CCCCGGGAAGUUAAGGUGACAAUGUCCAACCUACCAUGGGUUGUUCAGGUUGUCUUCACCAGCUUCGAUCAGCAGGACCUGGAGAUUAUGGUCCAGGUUGGCAAGUCGACCGGCGAUCACGCAGCCGGUGCUGCCACCACCGCAGACAAUGAUGUCCACUUCCUCUGGGAUGGUCAUGAUGGGUAUGAUUGACUACGUAUGGAUAGUAGAAAUUGUGAGUGGAAAAGCGUGUUAUUCACAAAAAAAGAUAGAAACUGCGGGGAAUUGGCAUCCCAGAGGCCGAUUUAUAUGCUGGCAACCCUGCAAACCCAUGAUGCAGCACCUCCUCAACAUGGUAGGCAAUUCUAUGGACCAAGAUAUACAUCCCCGCACCACUAUGUAGAACCCCUCUUGCAUACGAGUCCUGACAAGGAUGUGAACCAGCAUUUGGACCGUCCAAGUCAUACAAGGAACAAAGAGAACUGCGAGAGACUAUGGUACACGGUAUACAACCUUCAUUUUGGUAUAGAGGUACAAAAGUACAGAAUGCUUCCCGCAGAUUCCCCGCACGGCGAGAGGGGGUCGUGCAUAGUGCAUGCAGUGAGUUGUCUGAGAUAUAUCGAUAUAAAAGGUGGAUUAAUCUAUGUACGGGAUGGACAUACGGGAGCCUAUUCUAAUGGUGUAUCUUGGCUCCUGCCGGUAAUGGACGAUUGGAUUGAGUUUGCGACGGCAAAGAGCAGAUCUUGACAGUGAGAACGCCAAGCAGGAUGCCAAUCGAGCAGGAGAUGGUCUCGCCAGCCAGCGAUCAGUUCAAACAUGAAGCUCAGCGACAGCCCAAGCGUACCUUGUACAGGUCAGCUGGGAGCUUGCAGACCAUCCUCCAAUGGUUGCUGUCGCGGCGGACUGGGAUAGAGAGACGAAUCCGGCGCCAGGCCAAACGCAACACCAAUCAUCGAGGUGGAUUGACCGGAUAGCCACGGACGGAAAAAUUGUUCCUUCUCACCCUCAUUCCCAGGCAUUAAUUGCUUGUAUUAA